AUGUGUGUGAAGAGAAGAGAGAGGCCUGGAGUCACGUCACUGAGAGCAGAGGGACACAGUCUGGUCAGGCCGCUCCAGACCGAGAGAGAGGUUUCCCUAUGGAGCCGUGAUGGGCCUCGGUCUGAGUCUCGGUCUGAGUCUCGGUCUGAGCCUCGGUCUGAGUCUCGGUCUGAGUCUCGAUCUGAGUCCCGGUCUGAGUCUCGGUCUGAGUCUCGGUCUGACCACUCGGACCCCCGCGAGUGGAGGAUGAGGCUCCUGCUGGUCCUGCUGCUGCUCCUUCUGCUCCUGCCACCUCCCUGCUCAGGCCUGGACCCCCCGGCUCCUCGGAACCUCCGCAUGAGCAGUGAGAACUUCAAACAUGUGCUUCACUGGACUCCAGCUGAGGACGCUGCUCCAGGCCUCAUCUACCACGUGCACCACAGCUGUCGGUGGUGCAGGAUUAAGCCCAGACGUCGAGGUCAGCUUCUGACCUCCAGCACAGAGCCCUGGGCGGUGGUGCCUCUGCGUCAGCCUGAGAACACCUACAGUCUGUGUGUCCAGAGUCAGCAGAACCAGAGCUACUCCCGUUGCUCCAGCACGCUGAGCUUCACCCCCUACCUGGACACAAUCAUCACCGCUCCACAUGUGACGCUGUCGGGCGGCGACAGGUGCAUCCACAUGAACAUCUCUCUGCCUGAGGUCGAUGAAUCCUCCGGGAUCAAGAACCUCCGAGACCACUUCAACUUUAGUUUCAACGUGUCUCUGCAGAGGAAGGACCAGGACGUGGUCUUCAUGAAGAUUAUUCAGCAGACGUUGCUUGUAUCCAACCUGGUCCCAGGAGAAAAGUACUGUGUGAAGGUGCAGCCUCAAUACCUGGAGAUGCACUUCAAGCCGUCGCCAUGGAAAUGUGUGUCAACAAACCCCGCCCCCUCAGUGUUUAAGGGCGUGGUCUCGGGGGCCGUGGUGCUGGUCUGCUGCCUCAUGGUUCUGUCCCUGGUUCUCUGGGGCCUGAGUUACAUUGGAAUCAUCUGCAAACUCAAACAAGCCCUGCCCCUUCCACUCAUGAUGGUUUUGAAGCAUCACUCUUCUGUGAUGAGGGAUCCGGACCCCAGAGAGCUCGUGUCCCCCGUGUGUCUGUUCCCUCAGCCUGAGUCCCGUCUGCACCAGUCCUGGUCCCACCGCCAGGACGAGCUAGAGGAGGAGGAGGAAGAGGAGGAAGAGAAGGAGGACCAGGAGCAGGACCUGUACAUGGACCGAGGAGCCGACCUGUCCGCUGAUUCCAGUUUGACGUGGGGCCAGAUGAGGAACUGCAACCGGUCUGUGCUCUAUCAGUCUGGGAGUCCCACUGCCGGCACGGACCAGGAGGAGGAGGAAGAGGAGGAAGAAGAGGAGGAGGUCCCACAAGCCAGCGUUUGGGCGGAUCCUGUGGACCCUGUGGACCCUGUGGACCCUGUGGACUCAGUGGACCCUGUAGACCUGGUAGACUGGGGCUCAGAGCUGGAGCAGGACUGUGUGGACCUGUUCUCUGUGACCGUCUCUGCUCUGGAUGACGAGCCGCCAUCUUUCUGCACAUCCGGCCAAACUCUUCUACCUCAGCCAGACUCAGACUCAGACUCGGACUUGGACUCAGACACAGCGCCCCCACAGGCCGAGUGGAACAAUUACAUGGAUCGGCAAAUAUGA